GCAAGAAAACGUCUUGACCAAAGUCAUUGAGCGAGCGAAGCGGUUAAGUGAGUAACCAGCAAACUCAAACACAUCACAAAACCACCAUGUCACUCUACUUAGCGCCGGCCACGGCAGCCGCUGCCGCCGCCGUCGCCACCGCAGCAGUCGCCACUUUCCCAAGGAGGCUCGUCCUGCCGCCUUCGAUCGACAUCAGGCGGCACCACCCGGAGCUCCGCGAAACCAUGUCGCCGCCGCCGCCGUUGCCGCCGCCGCUUCUAGGCGGCAGCAGCAGGCGGAUGCCGGCGGGCGCGAAGCACAAGGCCGUGGUGGUUCUGGGCGCGACGGGGACCGGCAAGACCCGGCUCGCCGUGGACCUCGCCCUGCGGUUCGGCGGCGAGGUGAUCAACUCGGACAAGAUCCAGCUCUACGCGGGGCUCGACGUGGCCACCAACAAGGCCGGCGCCGAGGAGCGCGCCGGGGUGCCGCACCACCUGCUGGGCGUCGUGCCGCGCCCGGACGCCGAAUUCACGCCCGCCGACUUCCGCCGCGAGGCGCGCCGCGCCGCGGACGCGGUCACCGCGCGCGGCCGGGUGCCCGUCGUGGCGGGGGGAUCCAACUCCUACGUGGAGGCGCUCGUGGGGGACAGGGAAUUUGGGGAGAGAUACGAGUGCUGCUUCCUCUGGGUGGACGUCCAGCUCCCGGUCCUCCACGGCUUCGUGGGACGCCGCGUCGACGACAUGCUCCGCCGCGGGCUCCUGGAGGAAGUGGCCGCCGCGUUCGACCGGCAACGCAUGGACUACUCGCGUGGCAUCUGGCGUGCCAUUGGCGUCCCGGAGCUGGACGCGUACCUGCGCUGCGGUGGAGAAGAAGGGGAGAGGGAGAGGCUGCUGGGCAUUGCCGUGGAGGAGAUCAAGAGCAACACGAGGCGGCUGUCGUGCAGGCAGCGUGGCAAGAUCCAGCGGCUGGCGAGGCUGUGGGCGCCGCGCGUGGCGCGCGUGGACGCCACGGACGCGUUCCGGCUGCGGGGCGCCGCGGCCGACCAGGCCUGGGACCGGCUCGUCGCCGCGCCCUGCGCCGACGCCGUGCGCGCGUUCCUGCUGCACGAUCAUCGGCAUCUCGCCGCGGUUCAGAACUUCAACGUCUUCGCUCCUCCGGCUGCUGCCGCCGCCGUCGUGUGAUUCAUUGGUCCAGCGCCGUAAUUAAUUAAUUAAUUGAUUGAUUAAUUAACACUCAGAAUGACACGUGGACGUGAACUGUGGAGCUGCCCAAUGGUUGGAGGCACCGUAGACCGUAUGAGAGGAUUAAGAAUUUCAUCAAGAUUUGGGAGAAGACUUGCUGAUCGCGUAGGAAAGCUGUCGAUCGUGGCUUGUUUGGGACACAACACCGGCCGGAAUCUUACACAGAAAAUGGCGCGAUAUACAUAUAACUCUGAAUUUCCAAGCAGAGUCUAGAUGGAACAGUGGUAUCAUCUAUGAAUAGUACUACUAGUAUUGCUAUAACCGGUGACUAGGUAGUCAGCUCUGAGUGGGACACCUGCAUUUGCAUUAUUUUUUUGCUCUUCUCUAAAUGUUUCUGGUGCUGGCACGGGCCAAUAUAUGUUUAUUGUAUUCUUGUUCGUGCUACCUUUUUUGUUGUAUUUACGACAGAAAGAGAGGAUGAUUGUACAUAAAACUACGUUUCAAUCUCUAAUUAGAUCUUCAUUGGGCUAAAACUUUA